AUGACGUUCGCGUCUGUGCCACGGUAUUUGCAUGCUUUGGUGGGGGUCAUGACGACCUUGAUGUGCCUGAUUAUGCUUUGUGUCGCUCUGGAAGCACCCAAAGCUAUCACGGAACGACUCGAGAACUCGUCCAUUGGAGAAAAACUUUUUUCGUUUCGCGGCCGUUACCUUGUGGAUCUCCUUAUUGUUCUCUUUCUUUUUGCCAUGGGAUUCUGGGGAAUUCUGAUGGCCUGUGGAACGCUCAGUCUGAUCUUUGGUAUCCGGUUUUUGGGCGUGAAACAGCCGGAUGCCUUCAACGAAAUCUUUCGUCAGUCGGAUAUGGAGAGUCAAGCUGACGAAUACACCCUAGAGUCGGAGUACGAUACGCAUGUGAGUGAAAAGCGAUAA